AUGAUUCCCUCUCGCGUCGGUGAAUUACCAGAAGACCAAGACGGAGAAACGAUUAUGUCGCUACCGGAAAUGAUGUUCGCCGAGGGUGAGGAACCCGUCGGAGUAAGGGUUCUUACAUACCAGUCGUCGCGUAUUAUCAACACCAUUCUCAACGCUCUUGAUGAAGAGGAGGUUCAGUUUAUCAGACAAUCAUCUUUCGGUAAGCUUGUCGAAAUCGCAGAUAAACCCGCCUUUUCCGGCAGAUUUGCUCGAUUCCUUCUGUCUAGACAACUGAAAGUGGAAAAAAAACAUGAAGCUUGGUUCCGAUUCGCCGGACAGCCCAUAAGAUUCUCGCUCCGGGAGUUUGCCAUAGUCACCGGACUUCCCUGCGGCGAGUUUCCCAAGAAACAGAAGGUCAAGAAGAAGAAAAACAUUAACGACAAACCCUACUGGCCUGAGCUUUUCGGAAGUGUCGAAGAUAUGCGUGUAUCUAGGGCGAUUAAGAUGCUCCAUAAAAAAACCGUUACGGAUAAAGAUAUCCGGAUCAAACUAGCGUGCUUAGCAAUUGUAUCCUCUGUUCUGUUAUCCACUAAUUUGAAGAUGAAGAUGCUGAAGGAACACGCCGAGUUGCUUGGAGAUAUGGAAGAGUUCUUUGCCUUCCCCUGGGGUCGGCUUGCAUUUGAUAUGUUGAUGACCAGUAUAAAAAAAAAGGAUGAGAUUUCCCUUUCUCAAAACUCUAUAGCCCUGAAAGGCUUUGCCCUAGCCCUCCAGCUCGUUAUUGUUGAAGCUGUUCCUUCGCUGACAGAAGUAGUCCAAGAAUCCUGUUCGUCAUCAGAGUCCGACAGCGAUGAAGAUGAUGUUGAUGGCGUGGGAAGUAAAACAAAGAAGAAAACUCUAAGCCCUGCUCAUGCGCGCGAAGUAGACAAAAAAGAAGAGGUAUUGGUAAGGAGUAUACUUCCCCAAGACCCAGCAAGACCGGUAGACGAGUCGGUGCUUGUAUGGGCUGAUGAAGUUGUUGACGUAAAAGUAGCGUACAUGCUUAGUUGCAUUAACGCUAAUCAAGUUUUCACGAAGGAUAUGUUUAGGGGUGGGGUAACCAAAGCCGACGUAGAAAGGAUGCGUGAGCUGGCUAAAGCAGGAGGGAGAAAGAAAACACUACCUACGCAGGGCAAAGAGUCACCAGUUGUGAUGAACGACGAACGAAGAAUAACUUCUAUUGUGAAUGCCAUUAUGCGACCGGAGCUUAACCGGAUUGAUGGUGAUAUUGCGACUGUUGUUGCCUCUGUGAAAGAGGUGUCUGGAUGUUCACUUGCCAUUGAAGCGAAGGUUAUUGCAACUGUCGAACGAAUGCUGGAUUCUUUCAAGACUGAGAUAAUGUCAGGUAGGAGGAGAUUAAAUACCCAAUCAUCUUUCGAGUCUCCUAUAUCUACAGGAGGCCCUGACGGGGUGGGAGAUGAAGAAGUUCUCCCAAACACAACCGCCGCAGCUCCAGCUGGAAAUGAUGAGAUCAUUGAGAAUGUGAUUGAAAAUCUCAGUCACUAUUCAACGCCUCCGGGUGUGGAUAACGACUGGCCCGGUUCCGAUGGCAAAUCCCGACCUCAGACAGGAGUGAAUCAGGUAGCGUCCACUCAGGAAGAAAACACGGAAAGGAAUGUUACCGUCACAGCUCAGUCACUUAAGUCCAAACCAGUCGCGCCUUACCGGGCUUACGAUGGAGCAACAGACCCUCAUCAGAGGAACCCAUGUUCAGAGGGAAUUGUAGAAGAAUCUAACGAAAAUCACCCAUGUAGGUCUGCUCAUAGCCAGACGCACGAACACCCUGACCCAAUCAUUCCGUCGUUCUCACUUGGCCUCACUCAGGAAUUCCACCAGACCCGGGAACUGGGUGAUGAUGUUAUGGGAGAGAACGAGGAACAUCUGGUUGAGAAAGACAAUGGCGAUGAUACUAGAGAAACAGAGGAGAAUUUACUUUGCCGCAAAAGUAAGCGCAUCCGAACUGUCCCACCUCAACUGCUUACCGACUAUCAAUGUGAAGCUGCUAUUAUUAACCGUGCGAGAGAAGUACCCAUUAUGGGUAAUGGUCACUACGGCUUAUCAGAUGUACAUGACAAGUACAAACGCCUACAGAUUCUUUUGAAGAAAGAAUGCGUUAUAAACGUUCUGGGCCUAUCCGUAUCUGGCAAGGACAUUACGGACAUUGGAGGAAGAACCCGGUUACUACCAGGCAGAGUCGUUGACAUCAUCAUGCGGGUAAUUGCAGCUUCUGUCAACAGGCGACUAUGUGAAGGGAGUUCCACGACUCCGGUUUUUCUUGAUAGUCGCGUUCAGGUUCUCUUGUCCAGGAAUUUUACAAAGUUCAGAAAAAGUAAAAGAGAAAGUCAGUAUGUUUUCACCCAGGCUCUCGUUGAUACUCUGCAGAAGAGUUUGAAUUUCAACCCCGCUGUGUCGCUUUUCUACAUGCCUGUCAGCAUUGGUAGGCAACACUGGGUGGGGAUUUGCGUUGACAUCAGUACUGCGAAGGUAUAUGUUCUCGACUGCAACCCCCAAGUAAUAGAUGACAAGGCUUUAAGUAAGGAGCUUGCUCCGAUAACUGAAAUGUUCCCUUCCCUACUGAAACAUUGUGGGUUGUUGGUUGAGUAUGGGAACAACGCAUUUGUUGUUGAAAGGGUGAAAGGGGUAGUAAAGAACCCAAACCCCAGUGAUGCAGCCAUAACUUCUUGUUUGUUGAUGCAAACACAUGCCCUCUCUGGACCCGAAACUUGUAGAUCUAUCACUCCAUCACUCAUUCCUGACGAAGCUCAAACGGCAGCUGUGAUGGUGUAUGAGUUUCACAAAAAGAUUUAG